CUCGUCGGAGCACUGGGAGCGAUUGCGCAAUUCUGCCCAGAUUGUCUUCCCUCCCUCUCCUUCCUCUUCCCUCCCCCCUCCCCAAAUGCUGCUCAACUCCCGAGGAAACAGAAAGCUGAUUCAUGGAGCCCAGACCCCGCUUCCUCUGUGCUGGUCUUUGAAGAUCAUGUUGCUGCUGCUGCUCAAGACUUUGUGUUAGCCCCCUUCCCCCCCUCCCUGCCCCUGAGGGGAAAAAAAGGCUCUCUCCGAUCCCAAGCGUUUUCUCUAUGUUGGAAGUGUGGUUACUGGCUGGCUCCAACCCGGGAAACAUUGAUGCAUCGCUCUGGAAAUUCAUUGUGUGACUUUCUGGGUAUUUGCUGAGUUUCAACCCGAGAUGCAGCUCUUGAAAGCUUUAUGGGCAUUAGCAGGAGCAGCAAUCUGCUGUUUUCUUAUAUUUGUCAUCCACUCCCAGUUCCUUAAAGAAGGUCAGUUGGCUGCAGGUACAUGUGAAAUUGUUACUUUGGACAGAGAUAGCAGUCAGCCUCGAAGGACUAUAGCCCGACAAACAGCUCGUUGUGCAUGUAAAAAAGGACAGAUUGCCGGUACGACAAGAGCAAGGCCAGCCUGUGUCGAUGCCCGCAUUAUAAAAACAAAACAGUGGUGUGAAAUGCUUCCAUGUUUAGAAGGAGAAGGCUGUGAUUUGCUAAUCAAUAAAUCAGGCUGGACCUGUACACAACCAGGUGGGCGGAUAAAGACAACUACGGUCUCCUGACAAAUGCAACAACAGAGAAGCCUUGUAGGAGUUUUUAGGCUCUGUGUGGGCUACAUUCCCUAGUCAAGUUUCACUGCUGUGGAUCAUCAUACAUUCUAUGUCAUCCGUCCGACUGUCUGUUUCUCUGUAAUUCAUAAAAGACAGCAUAAUUCUACGUAAGGAGCUAAAGUCUGUUCUAUUAUACUAAAGAGCACUGGACUAAGGAAUAGAGAUAUAAGAGAAAUGUUUGGGCAUUAGCAAUACAAAAACAAAAC